AUGCUGCGCAGCCAUGCCAGUGCCCGUACCAGUCUGAAGAAGUGGUGCGCGGCGCUUCUAUUUGUUUUAGGUACCAGUGCCGAGCUCUGCUUACCUGAUGCCAUCCCCGAAGGGGAGCGUCAGAACGUGCUUGACUCGGCGGGCCGGGAGAUUCCGAUCAAGUUCAUAGUUUUCGACUGGCAUGCAGCAGAGGUCCUUUCCUCCAUCGCCAAAAUCAUGGUGGAGGAGGCUCUUGGAUACCACGCGGUCUUUGACGAGCACCGGCCGUUCACUGUCAUGGACGUCGCAUUGAAGUUGUCCGGAUGCCUGGACAGCACCUGCAACGACAUGCAGAUCAGUGACAGCCACGUGGCUCUUGACUGCUGGCUUGGGUCCGCAGGCACCGACACAGAUACCUUCAUGCAGCAACAUCCCGGCAAGGCUCCGGAAGAUCUUGGUUCCAUCGGUUACGAAGGGGAGGAAGCGCUGGUCGUUGCAGGGAAGCUCGUUGACGAAGCCUACGAGCAUUCCGGCUUCGCCUUGGACUUCUACAGGUCCUACAACCAGUCCCACUACAGUGCUAGGAAGCACUUUGAUGGGAUAGCAGACCUGCCUCGUGAGGACUUCUUGCGAUGUGACGAUCCAGUCGCCAUCUUUGUCGACACGCCUUACAUGAAUGACUACGCGCGCUGGUCAGGCGACACGGAUGGGCUGCUGGCGGUGGAAGGUGGCUACAAUGCCGCUGGGUUGCUGUUACCUACUAGCGUGUAG